AUAAUAGUGUAAUAUGCAAUAUAAAUAUUCUCCAUGCGCCUUCCCCGAUAAGUGCUUGCGCAUCCUUAGGGAGGCGCGCCCCACAGUUUGGAAACCACUGAUAUAUAUUAUACAACGAGUAAUAAAGCAUAAUAUUUAUCAACAUUUUACAUUUUUUCAAACCCCCUUCCCUUGAAUUUUUUCUUGCGUUUAUCCCUGAAUGCGCGAAUACGGUUCAUUAAAUCGUAUUGAUCAAAUUAUUUAACGGUUAAUUGCUCCCGCACAUUUUACUAUUCCUUAGUAUGCUCCAUACUUGAAUAUGGGUCAGUCAUUUGGCACCCCUAUCGUUCGAAGGAUAUAGAUCAACUCGAGCGAGUUUAAAAUAAAUGUUCCACUUAUGUAGCAUUUAAAUAAAAGAUCCAAAAACACUUUCACGACUAUAUUCCUACAAGAGAUCUUACGCACAUUGACACUAUUUCCUCCCGCCUGAGAUUAGCUAAUCAAAUAUGUAUUACGUCUCUCCUUUCCAACUCAAUCAACGUUCCUGAACCCCUUCCCCACAUCAAUUUUAUAGCAUUGCAAAAUACUUAUGGCUCUAAGUGAUCAUUUACGGUUAGAUUUUAAUUAUAUUUUCAAAAAGUUUUCGACAAAGUUAACUAUCACCUUCCUCUAAAUAAAUUAGCUACAUUUGGUGUGUUAAUCUCUAAAUUAAAUCUGUUAAUCAAAGUACAAAGGGUCAUAAUUGGGUGUCUGAUUUUUUCAUAAAUAUACAAGUCGUUGUAUAAUAUCCGCAUGCUAUUAGAAUUUAUUAAUAUUUAUUUAGUUGAUUAAAAUUGACUUAAACCAUGAAAAUCUGCAUUAUUUUUGUAGUUAAUAUUUGUAAUUUGAGUAUUUAAGGCUUCGGGAUAGAAGUUUUUGUAUUUUAAUCGUAGAAAAGAAUGUACCGAAAAGCCACGAAAGAAUUUUAUACGAAAUCGACUGUUUCUAUGAAAAAACGUGUUGAAAUAUCCGAAUAUUCGCUCGAGUCUCGAUUAAACGAAAAUUAACAGUAAUUUCUUAAUAUAUUCGUUGACCACCAGGAAUUCGGGCUGCAGUACACUUAUCGCGUAAGCAUUAUACCAAUGCGUUUCUAUCGCGAAAAUAUUUUUCGAUUAUUUUUUUUUAUACAUUGGCCAAAACGAUAUCGGUGCGAUACGAUGGCGUAUCGAACGUUACCAAGCAAUUUUUCCCCGAUACGUUGGAGUGCAUUUCAACAAACGGCAUUCUUUCGAAUUUACUGGUGAAAAUACUCUUACGGCACCCGAAAAUUUUUGCCGUUCGUCGAGUCGUCGUCAAACCGAGUUAAGACGAGUAAAGUUAUCAUUUUGAUCGAUUCUUGUGUCAUCGAGCUAACGUAAUUGACCAGACAUGGGUUCGACGACCAGGUACAUACAUCACAAUACGUUACGUGGACGUGACCAUGGAUCGUCCAGUCGUAACGAUGUGGUUCGAUUGUUUUUCAGCCGCGGCCACCGUUGCUCGUUCGAUGCGGCCAGUAGUGAACAGUGGCGCGGGUUCAGGGCGGCAUGUUCCGUUUGCGGCCGGACCGGCGCGUGGUCCAAAAUGGUCGAGUGCGAAAACGACGCUUGCCGGCACGGAUACGCGCACAAACGAUGCGUCGAAGGGGCGCUCAGGUCGGACUGCCGAGACGGCGGCCGCGCGUUUCCGGCCACCACGGCGGUCCCGGUGGACGAGUCGACUCGCGCGGCCGCCGGUGAUGUCACGCGUGGAGACGGGAUCCCGUUCACCGAUGGCACUUCUCAAACGGAUAUCGUGGACACCCGUCACGUCGCGUGUGGGAAUGAGACAGUUCGCGCGGAGUGUUCUUCUCAAACGGACAUCGUGGACACCCGUCACGUCGCGUGUGGGAGCGAGACAGUUCAGGCGGACUGUUCUUCUCAGACGGACAUCGUGGACACGUGCCACAUUGCGUGUGGGAGCGGGACGGUUCGUGUGGACUGUACUUCUCAGACGGACAUCGUGGACACGUGUCGCGUUGCUUCCGGAGACGAAGCGAAUAUCGCGAACGGUUCAACCACAACCGACCCGGCGAACGACCGCGCGGAAACCGAUAACGUCCAGGAGUCGACGUCACGUCAAACGCACGAGUAUUGGGUACGGCGGUUCACGUUGUUCUCCAAGUUCGACGCUGGCAUUAUGCUGGACGAGGUGAGCUUGCGGUCUUCGUGCACCGAGGUGUCGGCAAGACAUCUGGCGAACCGGUGCUGGUACGCGACGGUGCUGAACCCGUUCUGCGGUGCCGGCGGGAACGCGAUCCAGCUGGCGUUCACCUGCCACCGCGUGAUCGCCAUGGACGCGGACCCCAAGAAGAUCGCGUUGGCCAAGAGGAACGCGCAGGUUUACGGGGUCGCCGACCGCAUAGACUUCAUGGUGGGCGACUUCUUCCUGGUGGAUCUGGCCCAUCUGCGAGCGGACGCGGUGAUCGCCUCGCCUCCCUGUGACGGUCGCGGGCGCGCGAACCAACCGGAGUACGACGCCGGCGAUCUCGGGGCCCGCGAACCGGCCGCCAGUUUGGCUGCAAUCGUCGGGACGGCUUGCGCAAUAGCACCGAAGGUGGUCCUGCAUUUGACGGCGAAAAACUUCGACAAAUGCCCGCAGAUGGCCACGAACGUGCGGUUCAGCCACGUCCAAUACGAGAGCGUGAUGGUCGACGGGAAACCGACGUGCCGGAACGUUUAUUUCACAAGGAAUGACACCAACGUAAAAAGACCUCCGAUGACGUUUUCCGGAGUGGUGCAUCUGAAAACGCCGUCGUUACUCGGAGACCAAACGUCGAAACUUGUUGAUAACAUUGUCGCGUGCGAAUCGUACCUGAAAAGCGUCGACCGGUUUUUGAACGCAUGAUCGGAACAGAUCUUACAAUUCACAUUUGUGGAUUCAAGUGUCAACUUGAUUUUUUUUUUUCUUUUUUCCUAGAAGAUUUAAUAGCUACUCUUAAUAUAAUAGUGCUAUUAUUUCUAGAACGACACUUACACCAAAGGAAAUCCCAUGACAUUUUCCGGAGAGGUAUUUUUAAUAACGCCGUGUGAGUAGAGAAAAUUUUUAUUGAUCUAAUUUUUUUGCUCUUAUUGUUUAUACAGAACUAUUGGAGUAUGUCUGUACUGGCUGAGCGAGUGAAUAAAAUUCACCGGUAUAAUACUAAUUCACUAUUCACUCAGCCGAACAACUACCCCCACUACCAAAAUUGACUGUACUCGACGUGUUUAAACAUUUCCGUGGCUACGGGAUAACACACGAAUGUUUCUUAGUAGGAAAAAAUGUUUGUAGAACCAAUGACACUAUGAUGACGAGAAUUUAAAUUGUUUUUUUUUUUUUUUAAAUUUGAAUUAAAAAUGAAUCUUGGUAUUUUGGUGUUCUAAAGUUUUAAGUUUAUUUCAUUAUGUUUUCCUGUCAAGUUUGCGAGGCAACGUUUUUUUUUCUGUUUCAGGUUUCGACAAGCAUUUAAGAAAUAAACAUACGGAUAUAAAAAAAGCUAAAAUUGUUAAAUUUAAGUUGUACGCAUGUCAUAUUCUCUACAGUGACGAUUUGUGUACAACUUAUGUUUAACAGUUUUAGCUUUUUUAUUUCCUUAUGUUUAUUUCUUAAAUGCUUGUUGAAACCUGAAACAGAAAAACAAGUUGCCUCGAAAAUUAGACAGGAAAACAUAAUGAAAUAAAUUUAAAACUUUAAAACACCAAAAUACCAAAAUUAAUUUUAAAUU